GAUGAAGGGGCGGGAUACUGGGGAAUGCGGGUAGUGAAAAUAACGCGUUUCCUGGUUGUUAGCUUGGUGGACGCUGUCUUGUUUAAUUACACGCUUGAACUUGAUAAAAAAAAAAUAUUUUCUCUGAAUCAGUCUGUCCAUCAUGCUUGGUGGUGGAUUCAAAGGAGAGAGGCUGCGAGUCAAUCUUAGACUCGUCAUCAACCGCCUCAAACUGCUUGAGAAGAAGAAAACUGAAUUAGCGCAGAAGGCCCGGAAGGAGAUCGCAGACUACCUGUCAGCAGGUAAAGAUGAACGAGCACGGAUUAGGGUGGAGCACAUUAUUAGAGAAGACUAUCUUGUGGAGGCCAUGGAGAUUCUUGAAUUGUACUGUGAUCUGCUGCUGGCUCGCUUCGGCCUAAUACAAUCUAUGAAAGAGCUGGAUCCUGGUCUUCAGGAAGCAGUAUCCACACUGAUCUGGGCAGCUCCUCGUCUGCAGUCUGAAGUCACCGAGCUUAAAAUUGUUUCAGAUCAGCUCUGUGCGAAAUACAGCAAGGAGUACGGCAAGUUGUGCAGGACAAACCAAAUCGGAACUGUCAAUGACCGACUCAUGCACAAACUGAGUUUGGAUGCACCUCCAAAGAUUCUGGUGGAACGUUACCUCAUAGAAAUAGCCAAAAACUACAAUGUUCCUUAUGAACCUGAUGCUAUGGUGCGGCCGGAGGUUGGAGAGGAAGCGGACCUCAUUGAUGUGGACAGUGACUUUAAGAAGCAUGGUGGCGGAGGUGGAGGCGGUGGAGGUUUUACUGCUCCGGCUGCUGCUAUGCCAAUGCCUAUGCCCAUGCCCAUGCCCAUGCCAACAAACACAGCCUUCAGCUACCCUCCACCUAAAGGAGCCGAGCCCUACAAUACUCCCACUGGCACCUAUGAUGUUGGCUUUUCCAACUUCCAGCCUCCAGUGAGGGGAGUGCAGCCGCCUCAGCUCCCCAGUUGCCCCCCAACCUACGAGUCUAUUGAUGAUUUGAGUGUCAAACCCUCUGCAUCUCCCCAGGUUGUCCCAGGCCCAGGCCCGUCUGGUCAGAUCUAUGAUAACAAUGCACUUCCUGAGCUUCCCUCAGUUCCUGACACACUCCCCAACUCGUCUUUGGGUGGCAAUACAGGUGCCUCAGACGACAUCGACUUUGACGACCUCUCACGGCGCUUUGAAGAGCUCAAGAAGAAGACCUAAUGGCUCAAAAGCACAUGUCUGUUUCACCCGUAUGUCCAGUCACAGGAAUUCAUGAGAAAAAAAACCCUGGUCAAAUUAUUUAUCUUAAAUCUUCCUCUGGAGCAAUGAUUUCUAAUUACUUUAGACAUCAGUGUAACAUUUACCUCGUGGAAAAAAAGCACUGGUGUCUUUCUGGUGGAGGUUAUUUUAAUCUUAACAUUGCAACAUGAAGGAUGUGAUGGAAUUUAAACCCCAUAAGUCAAGACUUUUCACUAGACUGUUGCUAUGAAACCCUUUUUUAAGCACUUUCCAUAUAUGGCCUUUCUGUAAUGUAAUGUAGUAUAAUAUAUCUUGCAGAGGGCGCGCAUUGCCACGCCCAGACGGUGUGAUGACAACACCAGGCCAGCUUUUAACUUUGUUCCGAUCACACAUCUGGAUUUUUUUGUGCACCAAGUCAUAAAAGAAUAUGAUGUAAUUAUUCAUUGACGAUUCAUUGACGAUUGACUUAGUGUUUGUGCUCAGUGAGCUAUGAAUCAGCAGUUAUUUUCAGGGAAUAACAGAAGAGACGGGUUUAACCUGUUCCCACUGCUCACGCCCAGUACCGAGGUAGGGACUUUUGCAAAUAAUAUAAUCCACCACGUGAGUUAAGUCACGGCUCAACAUGGCUAAUUUGAGCGUCAUUUGACCUGCAUAUCUCUUGAAUGACAUAGCAAUCUUCUUUUUUUUUUUUUUUUUUUUUCCCAUAGAAUUAUCAAAGCACCACUUGAUACUAAGUGAAAUUAAGAAGUGGCUUCGGUUUUGCUCAUUUCUACUUAGCCUUCUUAAUUUUCUUUUGAUAAGAACAUGGUCUUAACAUAUGACUAACUGACUUACUGCUCAUUGUCAUUGAAGCAAACACUCCCAGUAGUAUUAUUCCCUUCCUCAUUUAUUAUAUUAUCAUCCCCUGAUCUGUGGCCUUGCCAUUUUUAUCCGGUUAGGUCCUAAUUUAAUGACAAUUUUGGUGAAGGAUGAGAUUUAUUUUUUUCUAAUAUUUUUUGUUCUUGGCUUCUGGAGAGUGUUAAUACAACAUUUGCUUUGCUUGUAUGUUUUUCAAAAGUCUUUGGCCUUUGGUCUUUUUAUUUGUUAUUUUUUAUUUUUAUUUUUUUCCCUAAUUGUUUUGUAACACUACUGUGUUCCUGUCGCAUCAGCUGAAGGAGCAAUAUGGGAUCUUUAGGAAUGCUUGCUACUAGUUUUUCCAUGUAGUGGAGACAUAUCUGAUAGUCAUAUAAUAAAGUAUAUUUGCUCAUAA